AUGUCAGGCGCACCAGCAGCAGCAUCAAGAGGCGGACCAAGAGGAGCUCCAAGAGGUAGAGGAGGAAGAGGAGGAAGAGGUGGAAGAGGUGGCAGAAGAGGUAGAGGAAGAAGAGGAAACGAUGAGAAGGUUUGGGCCCCAGUCACCAAGUUGGGAAGACUUGUGAAGUCUGGUAAGAUCACUUCCGUUGAGGAAGUGUACUUGCACUCUUUGCCAGUUAAGGAGUACCAGAUCAUUGACACUUUGUUGCCAGGUUUGGACGAGAAGGUCAUGAAGGUCUUGUCUGUCCAGAAGCAGACCAGAGCUGGUCAGAGAACCAGAAUGAAGGUUGUCAUGGUGGUUGGUGACUCCAACGGUCAUGUUGGUCUUGGUAUCAAGGCUGCCAAGGAGUUGGCCACAGCUAUCAGAGGUGCCAUCAUCAUUGCCAAGUUGGCCAUUAUUCCAGUCAGAAGAGGUUACUGGGGUUCUAACUUGGGGGCCCCACACUCUAUCGCCAACAAGACUUCUGGUAAAUGUGGUUCUGUCACUGUCAGAUUGAUCCCAGCCCCAAGAGGUUCUGGUAUUGUUGCUUCUCCAGCUGUCAAGACCAUGUUGCAGUUCGCUGGUAUCGAGGAUGUUUACACUACAUCUUCCGGUUCUACCAGAACUCUUGAGAACACCUUGAAGGCCACUUUCGCUGCCCUUGGUAACACUUACGGUUUCUUGACUCCUAACUUGUGGAAGGAGUUCGCUUUGACCGACUCCCCAUUGGAUGUCUAUGCUGAUGAGGCUUUGGGCAACAAGAAGAGAAACUAA